AUGAUCUACUUGAAAACACUUCUUAAGGUGAUAGACAACUCUGGAGCACAAGUCGCUGAGUGUAUUAAGGUCUUGAGACAUGGACCUCACAACUUUGCAAAGGUGGGGGACGAAAUCACCGUUGUAGUGAAAGAAGCUCGUUCGCUUCAAAGUGAAAUAACCGGUCAAUCCGCCAACAACCGAGUCAAAAGAAGAGAUAUAUGUCGUGCUGUGGUGGUCAGAACAAAAGCGCCGUUCCGUAGACCGGACGGAAGUACCGUUCGUUUCGAUGACAACGCCUGUGUUUUGAUAAAUAAAAACGGAGAUCCUUUGGGCACCCGUGUUUCUUCGGUAGUGGCAAAAGAGUUGAGAGACAUGAAGUAUAACAAGAUUGUUUCGUUGGCACCCAAGACAUUUUAG